UGGAUGACUCUGCUCUUCAAAGUGAGGAGCAGCAGUGCCAGCUCAGAUCUGAGCAGAAAGCCCUCGGUGAUGAUUCCUGCCCUGACAGAGGGGCAUCAGGCCACGCUGACCUGCACCGCGCCCGCUCGUUGCUCCGGAUCGGAUCCUGAAUUCGCCUGGACGUGGGGAGGAACAGACCGGAACAGCACAGGGAACGCCACAGACAGUCAGGGACGAACGUCGACUUUGACAUUUCAACCUUCAGCCGAACACCACAACGCUGCGGUCACCUGUAGGGUGCGCUGUACAGGUAACCAGACUACAGAGGAGGAGGAGACGGUGACUCUGAAUGUAACCUAUGUCAAGAAACCUGAAAUCACUGGAACCAGGACUGUGAAGGAGGGCGAUGCUCUGAAUCUGACCUGCACCGCCGACAGUUUCCCUCCAGCCGUCGUCACGUGGACGAAACACGGCGCGAACAAAAGCCUGAUCAAUGACACUGAACCUGACUUGAAUAAUGGCACUGGAACAUCCGCUCUCAUCAUUCAGAACGUGACAACAGAAGAUUCUGGGCAGUUCGUCUGUACAGCAAAACAGACGAACAACAGUCUCAUAGAAAAAGUUGAGAUCACAGUGAAGGCGCAACCAAAGAUCCUGAACGGGUCUGGAUGUGAGGUGCAGUCGGAGGUCUUGACCUGCGUGUGCAUCAGUCAGGGUUUUCCCUUACCCGCCAUCGAAUGGCCUCUAUUGGAGAACCUCACCGACUACUUUGUCCUUACCGCCGUGUCAAACCACACAAUCAACAGCACCAUCAUCCUGUCCGCUAAAGGCCACAGCGACACCUCUGCUGUUUGUGUCAGUCGCAGCAAAAAUGGAGAAACAAAAGGGAACCUCAUUGUCAACGAAGCAGCAGAAGAAGGUCAAAGCGUGAAAUGGUUCAGAAUUGUUACCCAACUGGAAACUGUCAUCACAUUUUUGAUUGGCACAGUGUUUUCAGCGAUCAUUUUCUGCUUGGCGUGGACAUGCUGCAGAAAUAGAAACAAGAAGACUCAUGGAAAUCUGGCUGAGACUGUGGAGAUGGGGAUGAUUCAGGAGGAUCCACUGAUAGUGGAAGAUGAUCAGAUCCAGGACCUGGAGACACUGGAGGAAGCAGAAGCUACAGCAGCAGGGAAAUCAGACGUCGAGUACUCCGAUAUUGAUUUUUCCCUGUCAAAAAGAAAAAGUCCAGCAGAGGCAGGAACCACGGAGACGGACUACGCUGAAAUCAAGAAAGCAGCAGCGGUGGAGGGAGAUGAGGGCCAGGUUCUAGGUGAGGAUGAGGAGACUAAGCAUUGUCCACCAGAAGAGCAGGACGGGGAGGAUGUGGCAGUGUAUUCCAAUGUCCAGGACAUAAUGGGUCAGGUUUAAAACUGUCAUCUGCUGGAGGAUGUUGUCAUUUCUGUGAUUUGUUCUGAUGUAAUGUCUUCUUGCUGUUAUGUGUGAAUGCCAUGUGUGCAGUUUCUACCGUGGUGGUUGUGAUUUUUUUUUAUUAGUUUUCAAAAAGUGAACUUCUAAAACUGUACAGCUUACUUGGUGAAUCAACUCUUGAGCAGAUGUGACCACUGCACAGUAGAUUACAACCAGCACAUAUAGUUCUCAAUAAUGUGCAAACCAUACGUUACAUAACUGUAGCUUCUCAUGACUUGUGUGAGCACACCGAGUACUGAAAAUACAACGAAAAGCACAAAAAAUAAGUUAAAAAAAGUUGACGAAAUGCUCACACUUUAACUACUUCAGGAGACUGAAAUCAUGUUUGAUUAAUGGGAGAUUAUUAUUUGUUUCUUUUCCAUUUAAGACACGGUGUACAAAAGGGUUCUUGGUUUAGAAAAAUGUAGGAGUUUUGUAGUAUAAGAUCCUAAUUUCAGAAACCUGGGUAAACCUUUAUCCUGGUAUCCAUGUUUACAUCUUAUCCAGAAUUUGGUGUCUUUCUUUGUAUGUUAGCAUCUAAGUCCUCACAGCGUUUACGCGGUGAUAAAGCAGUGCUUCAUUUUCAAUGCAACAUC